AAGUGCGUUUCUGACGCGUGUUUUCUCUGGCGCGUGUGUGCGAGGCUGCGGGCGGAUAGUGCUGUCGUUGGUUUAGUAUUGAGCUCCAGUCUGACCUACUUUCGUACUUCGCUUCAGCUCUGCGCUGUUUACAGGCGCUCGUCAGCGCACGAUGUGGACCCGGUAACGAAAACACUUCGCCUAAACGCCGACUCGCGUGCGCUACCGUACCGCGUUUAUCCCGGGAUUCUUCAUUUAAUCUGCUUUAUACAUAUUUUGUCCCGUGUCCGACUUCAGAGUGGCUGUUUCGUGGGUUGUUUAUGAGCUCACUCGUGGAUUCAGCAUGAAAAGGCGCGGACAUGGGCAAAAGUGAAGUGUGGAUCGGUAACGUUACUCCUUAACGCACGGUUCUUUUGUUUCAAUCAUUACCUUCAUGGAGAGAGUUUUGCAAGUGUACAUUAGCAAGAGAAGACAAGAGUCAAGAUAAACAAUAUCUUGAUGGUGGAGGUAGAAGACACGAAUGGGACACGCUAGCCUUUCCAGACGGCCUGAAUGGGAGAAGGAGUGAGCAUGGACAACCUUUUGGAGUUUGGAGGCCUUUGUCCGUCCACCCGGAGGGAAUGGGACACAGGCAGCUGUGUGGAUGACUUAAUGGAUGAAGAUGAGAAAGACAGAGCAAAAAGGGCGUCCCGUAAUAAAUCCGAGAAGAAGAGAAGAGACCAGUUCAAUGUUCUCAUUAAAGAGCUGUGUACGAUGCUGCAGGGUCAAGGUCACCCCCGCAAGAUGGACAAAUCCACCAUCCUGCAGAGAACCAUUGACUUCCUGCAGAAACAGAAAGAGAUCACGGCGCAAACAGAAUGCUGUGAGGUCCGGCAGGACUGGAAGCCUUCUUUCCUCAGCAACGAGGAAUUCACCCAGUUAAUGCUGGAGGCAUUGGAUGGCUUCCUAAUAGCUCUUACCACAGAUGGGAACAUCAUAUAUGUAUCUGACAGUGUCUCGUCUCUCAUUGGUCAUCUACCGUCAGAUAUGGUGGACCAGAACAUUUUGAACUUCCUGCCAGAACGAGAACAUGGAGAGGUGUAUAAACUUCUGUCAUCACACAUGCUCUUGACCGAGCCCUCUGCUGUGGACCUACUCAACAGCAAUGAGACACACGUAGAGUUCUGCUGUCAUUUAGCAAGGGGAAACAUUGACCCAAAAGAACCACCCACGUACGAACAUGUCAAAUUUGUUGGAGAUUUCAAGUUUCAUAAUAACGUGCCUCUGUCCUCAUGUAAUGGUUAUGAGCUGGCGUUCCCACGCACUCUGCAGUCCUCACUAGAGGAGCAGAUCUGUCUUGUAGCCACUGUGAGACUCGUGACCCCUCAGUUCCUAAAGGAUCUGUGCAACGUGGAGGAUGUGUGUGAUGAAUUCACAUCAAGACACAGCCUGGAAUGGAAAUUUCUCUUCUUAGAUCAUAGGGCCUCUCCUAUCAUUGGGUACCUGCCGUUUGAGGUUUUAGGGACUUCGGGUUACGAUUACUACCAUGUGGAUGACCUGGAGCUGAUUGCUCAGUGUCAUAAACAAUUGAUGCAGUUUGGGAAAGGAAAAUCCUGUUACUAUCGGUUUCUGACUAAAGGGCAGCAGUGGAUCUGGCUACAGACACACUAUUACAUCACAUACCACCAGUGGAACUCCAAACCAGAGUUUAUCGUCUGUACACACAGUGUGGUCAGCUAUGCUGAAGUCCGAGCAGAAAGAAGGAGAGAGAUUGGAUUGGAGGAAAGUUCAUCUGAUAUGGCAACAUCCUCAAUCAAGGGGCAGGAGGUGUUUUUGGACAUGUGUCCUCCUUUAGAAGCUACACGGGAAAGAAUCAGCAGCGCUCGAUCAGUGUCAUCACAGAGUUCUAUAAAAUCAUCACACACAGCGCUGUCUGACUCUGCGUCGAACUCAUCAGUGAGGUACACAGAAGCAUGCACAUCUUCACGGCAGUCUGCUUCCAUUGGUCCUGAGAAGAGUUCCAGCAGAUUGCCACAUAAUGGAUCAAAGACCCUGCUUCAGAGGCAGAGCUCUUCUGAGCCCCCGUCAACCUCCCCUUCCUGCAGUCAGCAUUCCACUGUGACACAAUCUCUGUACAGAUUCCAGCAGCCUCAGUUAGGCGUCAUGCAUCAGCUGAAAGAGCAGCUAGAAGAGCGGACACGCAUCCUACAGGCCGACAUCAAAACACAGCAACAAGAGCUGCACGACAUUAAAGAGAAACUACAACUUGCUAAUCUACAGAUGUUACUCCAGCAGCCGAUACAGGGAGAGUUUGCCAGUUCUGGUCUGCAGCAGCAGGGUCCAGGCCGGCCGUCCCAACACAGCACCCAGCCCAAACCUCAACACUGUGUUUCGCAUUCAUCACACACACUACUCCGAGAACAGCCUAGUAGCUCAUCUGCUCAGGGCCAGCAGAGACUGGUUCAGACUGGACACAUGCAGGCCGUCAGUGUUCCAAUGCAGACACACACCAGUCUCACCACACCCUUCUAUAGCAACCCAAUGAUGUUCUCACCCAACCACGGACACCGAACCCAACAGGACACACAAUGCCAAAGACUCACACACACAGACUACAGCCAGGAAGGACAGCUACGGAUGCUACUAAACCAACCAAUGCAGACGCUUGUACCAGACAGCAAUGGGGGGGCCCAGUCUUCCCAAUGCAGCUCAACUAUUCAACAAACCAAAUAUCCUCUGGACCAGCAGAUGAUGGCUCCUUCCUUCCCUGUGCAGCAGGUGAACUGUAAUGCUGUGCUCGUCCCUUCCCCUGUCUUCACCUCACCAAUCAUGAUCCCCCAUAAUAGUUUCAUCACCCAUCAGGCCACGCCCACCUACACGCCUCACCUGUCGGCUGCCCCACACAGUUUACCACUACAACAACCUCAGCAGUUCUUUCAGAUGCAGCCUCAGGGUCUGAUUCAGAGUGCUCCCACUCAGGCCUUAUUCCACACCCCUAGCAUUCCACAGCAAAGCACUGUGGGAUAUGUACAGCCACAACAACAGCAGCAGCAGCAUCAUCACUCACAGUCGGGCAACCUGUCAGACUACAGAAACAUGCUCCCACGGUAGCCCCGCCACCUGGGAAAAGCCAAGAGGUUGCCAGGAAAGUGCGUUGAGCAUUUAGCUCUGAAAGGCAUGAUGGGAUGGGACUCUCUCGGCUCAGGGGAAGGCUCGUUCCCGAGCCAAACCAAAAUCGAGAAAGCCAAAGUUCCCAUGACAGCAAAUGAUGGUGAUAACGGCACAAGGCUUAAGGACUCUGCCUGGUCUUGACUGCACACAGAGGAUGCUGGGAUACGUAGGAAGAGCCAGCAGGAACACAGGGGUCAAGUCAAGCAGGCGCUUUGAUCAGUACGUUAAGGACAGGAAGCCGUGGAGGGUUUUUGGUACUGUAAUAUUACAGUAAUCUGGAUUUUUCAACACAUAAAUAAGACAAAAUCAACAAAUCAAGUAAUGCCUUGACAGAGCGUAAACUCCACUGCGUGUGUUCUGUCCUCAACUGCUUCUAAAAUACAAACUAAAAGAGAAAUCCCCCCACAGACAAGAAGAAAAAUACACCGUCAUGAACUGAUUUCAUGCAUCAUAUUUCAUGUGUGUGUGCAGAUGGUAGGAGCUGGGCAUAAUUCAGCGAAGACCCAAAUAUAUUUCAAAAACAUUUGGCUUCCUGUUAUCAUCUGCAGAGCUCGUCGGCAAUCUCCUGUAGUUAUGUUAACGCUAUUGUAAAGAAACUUGAAACCCAUUGUAUAUUUAAAAUAUUUAAGAACAAUUUCGCACUAGGGCAAACUUUCCUACCGCUGAGUUCAACUCAAUCCCUGUUACUCUUUGUUUCUCGAAUUCACUGUACUGUAUGUAGAGUUUCUCCACAUAUUCAGUUCCGGAGCAUCGUAUUUCAGUACUUUUUAUUUCAUAUUAAGGUUCUGAAUAUAGCUGGUCAAGGAGAAGCAUGUUGGCUUCCCGGAUCAAACAGUUCUUUGAGUUUUCAGAUGUCCACACAGUAAAUCUACAUUGAUUUGAUGUCAAUAUGAGCACAACAGAUGUGCUUUAAGAUUUAGUUUCAGUAUUACACAGGGAUGAAGCUCUGUCUAAUUUAUGCUUCGUAGUAGAGGGACUUUGUGAUUGUUUUAUGGUGGCGGGUGUAAGUGCCGCAGCAGUUAAACUGCAAAAAUGAAGAUGUAAAAUAAGACGGUAAUGCAGGUUUAAUGAUUGAAGACAAUCAUAAUGUCAGGGCUGCAGAAAUGGAAAUGUUCUCAUCUGCCUGUCACUUGGGCAAAGUGUUUGACAAAUACAACUCAAAUAUUAGUAAAAAAAAAAAAACUUAUUUAAUUUUUUUCCCCCCAUUACAUUUAUUUUAUUUUAUUUAUUUUUUGGGGAGAGAGUUGAUAUAUACAUGAAAGUGUCAGGCAAAGGGCAAAAAUGUUAAGAGGUUCUGGAAUGUACAGAUAUGCAAAAAGGCAAAAAUCUUGACAAUCAGAAAAGCAUUUACAUUUUUUUUCUUUGCUGGCACUUUACUCCAUCCUGUCAUGCAUGGCACAUUUAAGGGCUGGUGCUGAUUAUUAAAUUUUUUAAAUCAAAUUCUGUUCAAGACAGUCUAAGAUCAUGUUCCCUUCUGUAUGCUGUGCAAUACAAAUCGAAAAACAAGAAAGAGUGUGUAAUUUAUACUUCUCUAAAAUAAUUGUUUUUGUCUUGUAUUAGCAAGAAACGCUUAGUUUUGGUAAAAGCCAGCGUGUAUUAUGGUACAAAAAUCUCCCCAACAUUCCUUCAGUCCUGUCUAGAAAGUGUGAAACUGCCCGACUCUCUCAGGUGUGACAUCUCCACACAGGUUUCUAGCUUGUUAAUAAAUAAAUAAAAUCUGGUCUAGGUUGGUUACUAGAUGAUCAUUAGCUGCUCCAACCAUCUAAGACCAGCAACAAACCAGACGGAGGAGCUAUAAAACAUUAAUUUUAAAAUGAGUAGGACAAAUAAAUCCAAAGGUUGAGACUUAUGCCAGUUGCCACUGUGAUGGCUAUAUAGAGUGUACAUUGUCCCCGGAACAAAAUGAGCUGUUGCAACCUUCAUUUAUUGCCCAUUUGCGGUGUUUUCAUGAAAUUGUAUUUAAGACUGAAAUGUUUCUUGAGUUAAAGGUUUGAUUGUUUUGCAGGUGUGUUUGUGUUCAUUGAUUGGGUUGUAAGUAGAUGGAAACUGUACUGACUCUCUCAUCUUUGUUCUCUUUCUCUGUGAAACUAUGCUCUGGUUGUGGAAACUGCACUUUAUUCUUUUUCCUUUCUUUAUGUAUUUUGCUUUGUGUGCUCUCUCUCUCUCUCUCUCUCUCUCUCUCUGGCCUGAUUUUCUCCCCAAAAGUGUCUGUUCUGAUGAGGUUUUAGGCCUCAUGGAUUCGUGAGUGUGUGUGUUAUGUGUUACCUGAUCAGGUGACAUUGUCAAUGCAUUUAUAUUCUCCCAGGUGAGGGGGAGGAGACAGAAAAUGACACCUGGCAUAAACAGCCAUCUCUGCUGAUACUCUGCAGAAAAUACAUUUAUGAUAUUGUAAUAUAAGAUAUACAAAAAAAUGUCUAGAAAAAUAUAGUUGUUUAUUUUAUAAGAUGUCAAAUAGAUUGAACUAAAUUUAUAUGCAGCGUAUGAUUUGAAAGUAAAAACAGAGGUAUUUUGUAACAGAUUAAUUAUUGAAGUGUCUUACUUUUGGGGGGACGUAAAGCUUUCUGUUUGUCAGUUCAGCGAGUUGAUGUUGCACAGUCAAUGUAUGGCUUGUUUUUCCCCCUUUUAUUCUCCUGUGUACAUAUACCAUCACGACAAGCUUUAACAUAUUGUUAAUAUUGUUUUAAAAGAAAUUAAUAAUAAAAAAAGUUUACAUUCUGAAA